AUGCACGCCGAAUAUGGCGUGCGAACCAUAGAGGCCAUUCGCCCACAGCUCCCGGAAUGGUGUGGGAGGAGCCACGGGUCCCUCACCUUCCGUCUGACACAGGUGCUGUCCGGACACGGCUGUUUCGGGCGGUACGUGUGGAGGAUUGGAAGGGAGGAGACGGCGCUGUGCCAUGGGUGCGGCGACCCGGAGGAUACGGCGCAGCACACGCUGGAAGUGUGCUGCGCCUGGUCAGAAGAGCGCCGCACCCUGGUGGCGGCGAUCGGCGACGACCUCUCACUUCCCGGCGUUAUACGCGCCAUGCUAGGAAGUGAGAGGUCCUGGGACGCCGUUGCCUCCUUCUGCGAAGAGGUGAUUUCGCAGAAGGAGGCACAGGAGCGGGAGCGCGAGGGAGACCCCCUGGCGCCCCCGCUCAGACGCAGGAGAGUGGGGCGGAGAAGGCGGCAAUAUGCCGCCGCCUUCUCCUUCCCACAAUAG